CUGCAGUGACCAUGUGCUUUUUUGUUUCUUUGUUUAAGGCGAAAGAAUCUUGGGCUACGCCGAGGAGCCCUGUUAUCUCUGGUUCGUCAUGGAGUUCUGCGAAGGGGGAGAUCUGAAUCAGUACGUGCUCUCGCGGCGACCGGACCCCGCCACGAACAAGAGCUUCAUGCUCCAGCUGACCAGCGCAAUUGCCUUCCUGCACAAGAACCAUAUUGUGCAUAGGGACCUGAAGCCGGACAACAUCUUGAUCACAGAGAAGUCUGGCACCCCGGUUCUCAAGGUGGCAGACUUCGGACUCAGCAAGGUCUGUGCUGGCCUGACGGCUCGGGGCAAGGAAGGGGGGAAUGAUAAUAAAAAUGUGAAUGUGAACAAGUACUGGCUGUCUUCAGCCUGUGGCUCUGACUUCUACAUGGCUCCAGAGGUCUGGGAAGGACACUACACGGCCAAGGCAGAUAUCUUUGCGCUGGGCAUCAUCAUCUGGGCCAUGAUCGAGAGGAUAACGUUCAUUGAUGCGGAGACAAAGAAGGAGCUUCUGGGGACCUACAUCAAGCAGGGCACGGAGAUUGUGCCUGUUGGGGAAGCACUGCUAGAAAACCCAAAGAUGGAGCUGCAUAUCCCCCAGAAACGCAGGACUUCCAUGUCUGAGGGGAUCAAGCAACUCUUGAAAGACAUGUUAGCUGCUAACCCACAGGAUCGACCUGAUGCCUUUGAGCUUGAAACCAGAAUGGACCAGGUUACAUGUGCUGCUUAAAUUCAGGGCAAAGCAUUAGUGCAUCUUGCAUUUGGGUUUAUUUACCAGGGACCUGCAAUCUCCAUUUCUUACAUGCACAGAGGGAAGCAGAUGGUGUUGAAGAUCACCUGACAACAGACUCUCUGGCAAGGAGAAGUUUUCUGUUUGGUUUGGUUACAGGAGAUUUCAGGAGAGCAGAAUCUUUUCAGCCCGUUUGGUUACAAGACUGUUGAAUAAGGUCAAGAAGACCAUGCUUCUCUCCCCACCCAUUUCCCCCCUUCCUUUCAGCCUUGUUAUUCAGUGCUACAGAAUGCUACAGGUUCUUUCUGGGAAAGGCCCGCGUCUUUUUACUAACACAGCUGGGAAUUAGAAUCCCUACAAAGCAUUCCCUUGAUUGCUGACAGAUACCAAGGCUCAAAGUCAGGGUGGGUCCGAGGUUGAUUUUUGAAGUGAAUAUUCUUUCUCUAGGGCAGAGAGGGUCACUGGGCUUGCACUGUAGUUGGGAGACUGUAGAAAAAGUAAGGUUUUAGAAGCCCCAUGUUGCAAACAGAUGGUUAUGUGGCUUAGAACCCAAGGGCUCCUUCACAGGGGGUGUUGCCUAGACAGAAAAGCAAGUGACACUAGAUGAGGGUAGCAAGAUGAGCUGGAAAGGAAAUCGAUUAGGCAAGAUUGGUGCGGUAGUGGAAAGAUCCUUGUCAUCCUCUACCGGAAUAAAACAAAAAUCAGCAUCUGUGGAAGUUGGCAACUAGGAGCCUAGCUCUGUAAGGGCCCGUGGAGUGGAUGGGAGAGGUUUUCAGAUAACCAACUGAUCGAUAAGGUGAAUGUAUAUGACAGAAACAGAAAGUAACUGAAAAAAGAUCUGAAGUCACUGAAGGCCUUGGCAGUACUGAAAGCAUCACUCGCUGUAGGGUUUUAAGUCUCCUGUAGGAGACUGUUUGCCUUUUGCUGGAUCAGUGUGGCUAUGUCUAUGCUGCCGUUUUGCCAGCAGUGAGUAUGCAAACGAGGUGUGGAUUAGCAUACCAUAGUGCUUCAU